AUGUCCAUCCCCACGGAUCGCUCUCCCCCGUGGGAGGAAGGCCGUACUUCACCUCGAGUCAGGUCGUCCUCUACUCCUCCCAGCGGCACGGCGGCGGAGGGACUCACCGACGACCUCCUCGUGGAGGUCCUCUCGCGCGUCCCGGCCAAGUCGCUCUGCCGCUUCAAGUGCGUCUCCAACCACUGGCUGAGCCUCAUCGACCACCCCGACCACCGCAAGAAGCUCCCCCAAGCCCUGGCCGGCUUCCUCCACAGCAGCACCUACACCUACGAGUGGCGACUGGAAGCACCCAUCCACUUCACCAGUUUCCCGGGGAGACGCUGCCCUCCGGUCGACACCUCCUGCACCUUCCUGCCCAACAGCCGGCGUGUCCAUCUAUUGGACUGCUGCAACGGCCUCCUCCUCUGCCGCUGGUACGACAUCUCCUCCGAGGGUGACAGGUUCAGUUAUGUCGUGUGCAAUCCCGCCACGACGCAGUGGACCGUAUUGCCGGGCUCCGGCAAGGCCACCAAGGAGGUGAGCGCCGUGCGCUUGGGGUUUGACCCAGCCCUGUCGUCGCAUUUCCAUGUGUUUGAGUUGGUGAUGGAUGAUGGAUCAGGUUGUUUACUGGGACCUGUCGUUGUUGGAGUGGCAGUGUAUUCAUCUGAAACGAGACGGUGGGCUUAUAAGGAGAAGCGAUGGAACGCACGUAUCAGGCUCCUCAAUGAUGAGUUAGCUUCUGUCUUUCUUAAUGGCUAUCUGCAUUUUCAAGCCCACGGCUCCGAGGUUUCCCCUUGUAUAGCUGUGUUGGACACGGAGGGGGGGACAUGGAUGGACUUUGCUGUCCCCGAUGGUGGUAUCCUCGAUGGUUUCAUUCAGCGCUCACAGGGCCGUUUGAAUUAUGCCAAUUUUCAAUGGUAUGAAGAUGGUGAUGUCACUCGGCUAGUGGUUUAUGUCCUUGACAACUAUGAAAGCAAAGAAUGGAUAUUGAAGCAUAGCGUCGAGACUUCCUGCUUAUUUGGAGGUAUAGAGUAUUGCCUGGUUCGAGGGAUAGACUAUAUCAUGAGUGGGGGGUUUGAUUGGAUUGCCAUUGAUCCGGAAUGCAACUUGCUAUUCUUCACUGUUGGGUGGGAGAACAAAUUCAUGUGCUACAGCAUGGAUCGUCGGCAAGUCAAGAUGAUCUCCAAACUUGUAGAUGGCAAGCCGCCAUAUAUCCCAUAUGUGCCGUUGUACGCAGAGUUGCAGUCAUUGCCCAACUGACACCAAUUUGGGACUGCUGGUGCCUCUACCAGAACUGGAUCUUUAAUAUGAGUCAAUUCUCCGUGCUAUCGAACAGCGGGCUUGGUGUCUCUGCUUGAACUGAGAUCUUAUUUUCUCUGGCUGAUGUAUGCAUGCUUUUGAGUUUGGAGAAUGGUGGUGUUCAUUAUAGAGGCAAUCUGGCUGGUUUUGAUGUGAUUAGUUAGUCUAAAUUGUACUCUACUUUUUGUUGUCUGUACUGUAGAAUAUGCUAUGAUCAUUUUGUAAAAGAUUUGCAUCACGUAGUGUUUGUGCAAAUGCACUAUGAUCAUUUUGUAAAAUAUACGAUUAUCAUGCAUGCAGCGUAAAAUUA